AUGACUUACACAAACGGAAAUUCAAACGGGCACAAUGGACAUGCCGCCACCCCGACUCCCGCAGCAACUCGGCUCCGAAAGAUGCUCACAGAAAGCGAUGAAUUGAUUGUCAUGCCGGGUGUCUAUGAUGGCUUCAGUGCCAGAAUUGCUCUGGAAGUUGGAUUUGAGGGCCUCUACAUGACGGGCGCCGGAACAUGUGCUUCAAAGCUUGGACAACCAGACUUGGGCUUUGCCUCGCUCAAUGACAUGAGAGAGCACGCCGAGAUGAUUGCGAAUCUGAACCCCCGCAUCCCUCUGAUUGCUGACGCUGACACGGGCUACGGCGGGCCCAACAUGGUUGCUCGCACGGUGGCGCAAUACCACCGCAGUGGUGUCGCGGGUCUUCACAUUGAGGAUCAGAUUCAGACCAAGCGCUGUGGGCACCUCGGGGGCAAAGAAGUCGUUAGCGUUGACGUCUUUGAGCAGCGCAUCAGUGCUGCCGCUGCCGCCCGGGACAAGCUGGCGUCUGACAUUGUCAUCAUUGCCCGAACAGACGCUCUUCAGACGCAUGGCUUCGAAGAGGCCAUCCGUAGGCUGAAGGCCGCAGCCGCUGCUGGUGCUGAUGUUGCAUUCCUCGAGGGCGUGACCACCAAGGAAGAAGCGCGAGAGGUGUGCCGUUCGCUUGCACCAACCCCAGUUCUCCUGAACAUGGUUGAGAAUGGAGCUACACCGUCCUGGACAGUGGCUGAAGCCAAGGAGCUUGGCUUCAGAAUCAUCAUCUACCCCUUUGCGGCCCUUGCCCCAGCGUAUGAAGCCAUACGCAGCACAUACCUGCGAAUCAAGGAGACUGGCGUCACUGACAUUGAUCCGACUUUUACCCCCAAGAAGCUCUUCACAGUUGUAGGCUUGAAGGAGGCGACUGCGGUAGAUGUUGCAGCUGGAGGGCAGCUGUACGAAAAGGUGUAA